CGCCUACCCCCAGAGGUCAAUCGUAUUCUGUAUGUUCGAAAUUUGCCCUUCACCAUCACAGCUGAGGAGCUGUACGCUAUCUUUGGUAAAUACGGGGCCAUCUUUCAGAUACGACUCGGAGACAAGGACAAAGACACUCGGGGUACAGCCUUUGUUGUAUACGAAGACAUUUUUGAUGCUAAGAGUGCCGUAGAUCAUCUCAGUGGCUUCAAUGUCGGUGGUCGAUAUCUAAUAGUUCUGUAUUAUCAGCCUGCUAAAUUUGAGAAACGUGCUCAGGUUGAAGAGAAGGAGAAAGAAUUGCAAGAG